AUGUCCUACCAGAUAAUUGACCGUAUCAUUUAUUAUUACACUUGGCCAGUCACGGUUAAUGUCGAAGUUAACUAUAACAAGUCGCUCGUCUUCCCAUCAGUAACCAUCUGUAAUCAAAACCAAUUCAGGAUAUCAAAAGCAUCCCAGAAAGGACAAUACGAAUUACUGGAUAGUCUUUACACACGGACGGGUCCGGUCAAUUCUACUUUCCUACGGAAAUACCAAGCCAAUAAUUUAACCUUCUACAAGCUUUUCACGUCAGUGUCCCAUCAAAAAGAGGAUUUGAUAGUUUCAUGUUCGUGGGGAGGAGAAUUAUGUGGACCGGAAAAUUUCACAAUGGUCAUCACCGAUCAUGGCGUUUGUUAUACAUUCAGCCAAGAAUCGAACGGAGAUUUGAGAAAGGCAGCCACGACAGGAGCUGACAACGGCCUUCGACUGUUACUUAACGUUGAACAAUACGAGUAUAUGCCGGGACCUCACGAUGCUGCUGGAGUUAAAAUUCUCAUGCAUAAUAACGGUGAAUUUCCAAAAGUCCACGAGCUCGGACUGGCCACACCGACUGGAACACAUGCCUUUGUAGGACUAAAAAUUGUAUCGCUGAGCAACUUGCCUGAGCCACGAGGAAACUGCAGUAGCAAAGAUUUGAAAUUCUUUCCAGAUUACACGCCAGAAAACUGCGAGAUCGACUGCUUCACUGAACAUUUGCAUAAAAUUUGUAAAUGCAGACUGAAAUUCAUGCCUCACAAAUAUGGAGUUCCACCAGUAUGCACCUUGCAGCAAUAUUUUGAAUGUUACUUGCCAAAAAGAGAUGAGAUAUUAUACCACGUGCGCCGUUACUGCACUUGCCCGAUUCCGUGUAACACGAUCCUUUACGACCCAUCUGUAUCUUAUGCUAGCACCUCCAGCUAUGCUGUAGACUCAUUGCUCACGAAGGUCACCUCCGGUGACGUGGAAAGCAAAUUUCUUCAUGCUCGAGAGGUCAGCAACAGAGUCGUGGUCGAACGAUUCAACCAUACCAAGCAAUUGAUCACUGAACUAGCCGCUUCUUUCACCAACCUUAAGCGACUGUUCGACGAGAACAUCAACGAUCGCAUAGACAAACAAGUAAAACUGCUCAGCAACUUCUACAACGACACAACAAAGCAAGCUAAGACCAAACAGUGGAUGAAUAAGUAUCAAACGUACGCCGUCGAGAAGAACUUUCUCCGCGUCCGGGAAGCGAUGGAGGAACGCACACUCAAAUAUCUAGCGUUUGACUAUCUAAACUUCAUCUAUAUUAUUGAAAACCGUCUCCGAGAACUGGCAGGUACUGAAUUAACUGACAAGACAAUACGAAAGUUUCUCUACGUAAUGAUCGUAAACAGUUGCAAAGCAAACAUUGAGAAAGGCAAUAAAGCGAUGGGAAAUUAUACAGAACUGUUAGGGUCAUUCCAAAACGGUACCCCCAUCUUCAACUACAAAUACAAAACGACACCUCGAUCUCACAACAUUUACAUCGUGCCGAAGCCACUGCUUUCCAGGGCUUUGACUCACUCAUCGUACGCGAUCAAAUACACAAAGAAACUCCCCCAGUGGAUUAAACGUGUUCAAGAUAGCUUACAAAUGUACAUCGAUCUGGCUAACGAGACUUUCGUUAACCAUACACUGAACGAAACUCGAAUGGCUCAGAUAAGUGAAGCCUACAACAAGGCUUGCAAGAAUUACAAUUUCGCAAAGAGUGCUUUUUAUUUUUACUCGGUCGACUGGUCCAAGGAGCAGGUGGAACAAAAGGAACUGGUGACGUCAGCUUUGCUGGAAAAAUAUGAAAACAUUGCUAACGAUAUGAAAUUCAAUCUACAGAACCUUGAAUCUCUACUAAGGUCGCUGCAGAACACCAUUAUGCACAAUUUGACGGUUACUAGCCGUUUGGCCAUCGAUUAUCUGAACGCAUCAACUAGUAAGAGGUCAUUGGCCAAAAUAUUCACUUCAGCCAGUAUUCGUCAAGGUAUAAAUGAACUGAAAACGUUCUUUAUCGAAAUUCGAGCACGUGGGAGUACGCUGUUCGACAGUUGGAAUAAACUAGCUAUGGCUAGCGUCAAUAUUUGGGAAAAUAUUCUCAAUGAUGUCGAUUUAGUGGACUAUUACACAUUCCUGAACAAGACUGAAUAUCUGCAAGAUUUAGCCGACGUAACAAAAAAUAUUCUCGAUCAACACGACAAAGUAAGAGAUGAAAAUGAUCUGAGAGAACUGGUCGGUAAUACAGAUCGCAUAUUCCUCUAUUGUCUGGAAAAUGUCAUCGAGGAAAUGGCUGCAUUCGAGGAGUCUUUGAAAAUGGAUACAGAUUUCCUCAGGGAGAAUUUCUUAGAGCUCGCCAUUUUUUAUAGAGAACUGAGUUACGAGCAGAUCACGCAACAGGUUGCCUAUGACAUAUUUUCCCUUUUCUGUGACAUUGGUGGUUCUAUGGGCUUAUUUAUUGGUGCCAGUGUCUUGACAAUUUUUGAGAUUGUCGAAUUUAUUUUCAACCAAUCACUGAGAAUAGCAUUUUUACAAAAAAAGAAAAAAUGA